CUUUUACCCUUAAUAUUCUGCUUUUGAGAUGAUGGGAAUGGGUCUGUUUCCGUUAGAGAGCAGCUUAAUUUGCUGUUUAGGGGCAGAGAUUGUGGGAGUGGAGAAGAGAAUGCCUGUGUCCUGAGAUAAUUCUGUAAGUAAAUGCCAGUCCCUAGGAAGAGAGAACCAAAAUGUCUACCGGACCAGAUGUCAAGGCUACAGUGGGGGACAUUUCCAGUGAUGGCAAUUUAAACGUGGCUCAAGAGGAAUGCUCCAGGAAAGGUUUUUGUUCAGUCCGACAUGGGCUGGCCCUCAUCUUGCAGCUCUGUAAUUUUUCAAUUUACACCCAACAAAUGAACUUGAGCAUUGCCAUCCCAGCUAUGGUGAACAACACAGCCCCACCUAGCCAGCCCAAUGCCUCCACAGAACGGCCCUCCACUGACUCCCAGGGCUACUGGAAUGAAACUCUAAAAGAAUUUAAAGCAAUGGCCCCUGCAUAUGACUGGAGUCCUGAAAUCCAAGGAAUCAUCCUCAGCUCCCUCAACUAUGGCUCAUUCUUGGCUCCAAUCCCCAGUGGCUAUGUGGCUGGAAUAUUUGGAGCCAAGUAUGUGGUUGGUGCUGGCUUGUUUAUUUCCUCAUUCCUGACCCUCUUCAUUCCACUGGCAGCUAAUGCGGGAGUGGCCUUGCUCAUUGUCCUCCGGAUUGUACAAGGCAUAGCCCAGGUUAUGGUAUUAACUGGUCAGUAUUCAAUUUGGGUCAAAUGGGCUCCCCCACUGGAAAGGAGUCAACUCACCACCAUUGCUGGAUCAGGGUCAAUGCUGGGGUCCUUCAUUGUUCUACUUGCUGGUGGUCUCCUCUGCCAGACCAUAGGAUGGCCUUACGUCUUCUAUAUCUUUGGAGGAAUUGGCUGUGCCUGUUGUCUUCUCUGGUUUCCUCUCAUUUAUGAUGAUCCUGUGAAUCAUCCCUUUAUCAGUGCUGGUGAGAAGAGAUACAUUGUAUGUUCAUUGGCUCAGCAGGACUGUUCACCAGGCUGGUCUCUUCCCAUUAGGGCUAUGAUCAAAUCCUUACCACUCUGGGCCAUUUUAGUCUCUUAUUUCUGUGAAUACUGGCUUUUUUAUACCAUUAUGGCGUACACACCAACGUAUAUCAGCUCGGUACUUCAAGCCAACCUCAGAGAUAGUGGGAUCCUGUCUGCCUUGCCGUUUGUUGUUGGAUGUAUCUGCAUUAUCCUUGGAGGUCUACUGGCAGACUUUCUUCUCUCCAGAAAAAUCCUCAGACUCAUCACCAUCAGGAAACUCUUCACUGCCAUUGGGGUUCUCUUCCCAUCCGUGAUCCUCGUGUCCCUGCCCUGGGUCAGAUCCAGCCACAGCAUGACCAUGACCUUCUUGGUGCUGUCUUCUGCCAUCAGCAGCUUCUGUGAAUCAGGAGCCCUUGUUAACUUCUUGGAUAUUGCUCCUCGGUACACUGGCUUUCUCAAAGGACUAUUGCAAGUCUUUGCACACAUAGCUGGAGCCAUCUCUCCUACUGCUGCUGGAUUUUUCAUCAGUCAGGAUUCAGAGUUUGGUUGGAGAAAUGUCUUCUUGCUUUCAGCUGCUGUUAACAUAUCGGGCCUAGUUUUCUACCUCAUCUUUGGCCGAGCAGAUGUGCAGGACUGGGCUAAAGAGCAGACAUUCACCCACCUCUGAGCAAACCGAGAGAUGUGCUAGAUCCUGGUGCUUAGUUCAUCAUUGUUUUCCCUCACAGACAUUUCUCUUUCAUGCCUGCUUGACUGAUAAGCCAUUAGCUAGACCCUGACUAUGUAACGCUAAAGAUUUUACCAUGCCUGGAAAUUUUACAGGGGAAGAAAACACACUAGUUAUUUAACUGCAAGCUACUAAAAGCAUAGGUGUGUUGAGAUUUCUGUGUUCUCCACUCUUCCACUGUUAUCCUAGUAAAAGCAUCAGGGGCUGGGGACAAUUUCUUUCCAAAGCAAAAGAGGAAGCCAGACCUUGGGACCGAGAACUGAGAAUCACAAGGGAGUUGCGCCCAACAUGCAGAACUUGAAUCCUCUGAGCUGUCCUCAAAAGAAAGCCCCAAACAACAGAAAGCAUAGUGUUUUCCAUUGUUGGUGAAAAAUGUCAAGGAGGAAAGAACAAUAAUGAUUCCAUCAUGAUAAGACGAAUGAACGUGUCUGCAACUAAUGGGAGCAAGAUAGUACACUUUAACUCUUUCAGACAACUUGCAUUCUGUGGAUGCCAGCUUUGGAAUCAGAGCCGCCUCUGGAAUACCUGUGCUUCCAGAGUUAGCUUUUGGACAGUUACCUUCUUUCUGGCCAUCUUGACUUCUGCCCCACAUCUGCUUUUUGGCUUUGUGCAGAUCUUUAACAUGUUAGUGAACAGACA